AUGAGGCUAUCCAUCACAUCAUUAAUACUCCAGUAUGUUCUAGUGGAUGGUCUCCCCAAGACCAACACAAAUCCACUAGUCGAUCUGGGAUACUCCGUCUACAGAGGCAUUCGUCUCAAUGCUGGAGUUGACCAAUACCUCGGCAUACGAUAUGCAGCACAACCCUUGGGGGAACUAAGAUUUCGAGCUCCGGCUGAUCCAGUCCGGACCCAUUCCAUACAGGAUGCUUCCAAGGAAGGUCCCAUCUGCAUCGGAGUGGGCAAAACAAACAAACCUGGUGAGAAUAGCGAGGACUGUUUGUUUCUGAAUGUGUUUAGUCCUUCCAAUGUAACGGAAACUUCGAACCUCCCAGUUUGGGUCUUCAUCCAGGGAGGUGGGUAUGCGCGGAAUUCGGAUGCAAAUUAUAACGGGACCAAAGUGAUCCAGGAAUCUGGCCAUACGAUUGUUUUUGUGGAGUUGAAUUACAGAGUAGGUGCACUCGGAUUUCUGGCUAGUGAGAGGCUCAGGAAGAAUGGUGACCUCAACGUUGGCCUUCUCGAUCAACGUAUGGCGCUAUGUUGGGUGCAGAAACAUAUCCGCAAGUUCGGAGGUAAUCCUGAGCACGUAGUGAUCCAUGGCGACUCUGCUGGCGCCGGCUCGGUUUCGUAUCACCUCGCAGCCUACGGAGGCCGAGACGAGCAAUUAUUUAUUGGAGGCAUUGUACAGUCUCCCUUCUGGCCUAUUCUGAGAACAGUUGCCGAGUCUGAAUGGCAAUUUGAUCGAUUUAUUCAAGACUCAGGCUGUGCAAAUUCGUACGACGCUCUCGCAUGCUUACGCGCCGUGGAUAUCGAAACACUUCAAACCGCCAACGCCAUAUCGCACUUCCCCGGCACCGGUGGCACCCCGCUUCCACGCUGGUACUUUUUACCUGUCAUCGAUGGUGACUUCGUUGUUGAUCGUCUGUACAAUCUCUUCGACGAAGGGCGAUUCGUCAAAGUCCCUCUUAUGGUUGGCGACGACACUGACGAAGGCUCCUAUUUCGCAAUCAACGCAUCCACGAGUGCCGAGGUGUCUCAAUUUUUCAGAAACAAUUACCCAAACCUGGAUUCUCGACAGCUGGAAACCAUCAACCAAGCGUAUCUCACAUCGACCGUCCUUCCUAAACAUGCUGCGUAUUUUCCGGUCGCAUCCGCCGCUUACGGAGACUGCACGUUCACCUGUCCGGGGAGCCACAUUGCAUCAGCCGUUGCAAAACACUUCUCCCCAGAUCAAGUCUGGAAUUAUCGCGUCAAUAUUCAGGAUCAAGAACUUAUAGGAGAAGGACUCGGCGUUCCGCAUACAUUCGAGAUCCCGGCCAUCUUUGGCCCAGGAUACGCUGACACUACUGGCCUAUCAUUCGAGACGUAUAAUGCGGGGAUUGUGCCAAUCACGAUGCACUACUGGAUUAGCUUCAUUCGGUCUUUGGAUCCAAACGUGUAUCGGCAUAAGACUGCACCGCAGUGGGAUGCCUGGGGAGCAAACACUGGCAUGCGUUUGAAACUGCAGACAAACGCGACAGUGAUGGAACGGGUUCCAAGGUCAUUGACGCGGAAGUGUCAGCUGUGGCAUAGGUUGGCCCCGAUAAUGGGGGUUUGA